UACGUUAUAAAGCUUCUCUCGGAUGACUCGGUGGCCUCAUUCUUCGUUCGAGGCUUUAGCGCGAUGCAUGUUAUUAGUGCACUUGCGUUUCUAGCGAUAUUUUUGCGAUCCGGUGAUGGAAUUAUUCUCAUACCGACCAGUGACGAGCAUGGACCCCAACUACACGACACGCUGCUGCCGAAUCGUCGGGAAUCCAUUACGGAUUGCCAUUACAGGUACUACAAAUACGGGAAAAACAGUCUCAUUAAGCCGGCUUAUGGGCAACCGGCCUUUCUAAGGGAGUUUGCUCAUAUGGGCGCGAUUGGAUGGACACAAUCGGACGGCACCAUCCAGUGGAACUGUGGAGGUUCCUUGAUAUGGGAGAAUUACAUCCUGACUGCGGCGCAUUGUUCAGCGGACGAUGACAAUAUGGCACCGGACGUAGCACGAUUUGGUGAUAUCAAUCUCUUAAAUGACACCGACGAUCAGUACGUGCAGCAGCUGAAGAUCGUCGAGAUCAUCCGUCAUCCAGAGUUUCGCUUUCGGGCGCGUUAUCAUGACAUCGCACUGAUGCGUCUGGCGCAAAAGAUCAAGCUUCACGAUACCGUAGCACCAGCGUGCCUGUGGAAAGACGAUGAAAUACGCUUCAAAUCGCUGGAAGCCACCGGCUGGGGAGACACUGGAUUUGCGGAAAGCCGAACGCCAAACUUGCUGAAGGUGUCGCUUCGUCCUGUUCCAAUAGAGCGAUGUAAUCAGCACUAUCUCAACCUGCGUGGAUUGGGUGCCGGAUUACACACGAACCAAAUCUGCGCUGGUGACGCCCUCAUGGACACGUGUCCGGGUGACUCGGGAGGACCGCUGCAGGUGAAGCUUUUGCACAACACACGCCUCACGCCGUUCGUAGUCGGUGUUACCUCGUUUGGAACGGCUUGUGGAUUGUCAGUGCCGGGAGUUUACACCCGAGUAGCGCCAUACGUACCCUGGAUUCGGUCUGUGUUGAGUGAUCGAGGCGAAGACGCUGCAGAAUGGAAAUUUGAACCGCAAGGCUGUGCUGCUCGCUACGUGCAAUUGCGGGAGUUUGAACCGAGUGUAGUGCUGCACAAGGGCUCCAAGAAAGAAGAGCUUGAUUUUUCAAAUGCGCACAUAUUUACGAGAGACAACCCGCAGUCGGUUUCCAUCCACUGGCGCGGACCCAGUGCGAAGGAGUGCUAUGGAGUCAUCAUCGACGAACGGGCUGUCGUUACGCUGGCGCGAUGUACAACAGAUAACGGAGUUCCACCAGACUUCGUACGGUACCUAGGCACUGAAACGAAUGCGAUCAUUCGUCACUUUCAACAUCCCAACUGGACGGAGAACUCACUGUACGGAGACGUUGGUUUACUGAUGUUGAAAGAUCCAUUUCGGUUUUCACCGGAGUUCCAUCCCGCGUGCAUCUGGGAAAGAUCGGAUAUUCCCGGUUCCAAAAUUGAAGUCAUCGGUCGAGGACUGCUUGCGUUGAACGCUUUUUACCCCGACGUAAAGCCGGUUGAUAUUGUGUAGUGAUCUUUCUCGGCAGUGCUAUCCAACCAAUCGAUCAAUCUGAUCGCCAUUGCUGAUGUGCAUGGAGCAACCAACUGUACGGUGCCACAACGAUACGAGUCGCAGCUAGGGAGCGGUUUAGCAGCGGAACAUCUGUGUUUUGGGGCCGAUCCAUUCCUGGUACCGGACACAUGCGAACAGGCGUGGGGUGGCCCGGUUCAGCAAGAAGUCACACGUCUGGCACGCAGUCUAGAGUACGUGUUAGCGUUAAACCUGUUUGGGCGCGAUUGUGGCUUCGGAGAGUCCGCCGUCAGUGUACGGUUGGGGCCCUAUGUACCAUGGCUGCAGUCGAUACUGCUACCCAAGCAACCCGAACCCGACAUCGUAGAGAAGUUUGUGUUCUUAAACCACGAUCUCCAGCAGGGCGAUGAUUGCAGGGCAGAUCAGGAUCGUGCUGGAGUGUGCAUGAACGCGUUGGAAUGUCCCAAAGUGUUGCACGAUUUCCGCGAGAAUCGUCCGGUGCGCUUUUGCCACACCGGCUCAUUACUGUGCUGCCCGCGCGAGGACAUUCGCAAUGGAACAGAUGCAGAAUGGCGCGAAAUCGAUAGCUGUGAGGCGGGUUCUAACGCGCAUGAACGCGCAUAUUUCAAGUCUGCUCCUUACGUGUUGGGAGAAGAGACGCGAGUCUGCCUCGGCACGAUCAUCACCAGCAGGACGUUCCUGACGGCGGCUAGCUGUUUUGACGACGACGUCACACCGGAGUUUGUAUCUAUCGAGGAUAGAGAGAAGUCAAUGGUGCUCGAGAUGUCAGUCCGGAGGUAUGUGGUGCAUCCGGAGUAUGAGAAAACCACCAAACGUCGCAACAUAGCGCUGGUAACGGUGCAGAGUCGCAUUGAGGCGUCGUUUCGGAAGAUGAGCGCGUGUCUCUGGAACAACGCUACGCACACACCGUUCUACCUGCAUCAGGCUGCAUUAUUAGAAGAUGAUCAGUGGGAUACGAUAGACGUCUUCACGCAGUUCAGCUCCGAAUGUGGGCACACGUUUGGUCGGGAGUUAGAAUCCGAUGAGCUUUGUGUGUUCGUGGGCGGUCGCCACGAGGAAGCUCCAGUAGACGAAGGGAUGCCUGCUUUUUGGGUACGAAAGGGCUCUGGUACUAGCCCACGGUUGAGCUACCUGAUCGGCAUCAUGAACUAUAGGGUUCGAAACGACAGCAGCACGCGUAUGCUGACUCGCAUACAACCCUACGUGAGCUGGAUAAAGAGUGUGUUGUGAAAGAACAGCUGGAGGUUAUGUGUCUUCAUUUUCAAAUAUAAGCUUUAACAAGGAGAUGAAUAUACAAGAAAAAAAGAUAAUCGUUAACGGGUUGACUAAACCAAAGAAAUUUUGGAGCAUCAUAUGCCUGAAAAUUGGAUAUGCGCUUUAAGGAAUUGGAUACAUCUUUGGUGUUAUUUUAAGGCAAUUUUACUCGCUAAAACCUAGAAAUGAUAGCGUAGGUCAUGAGUUUAUCGUCCAGCAAGAUGUUUUGGACUUAUCCCUUAGAACUUGAACUGUUAAUGACGACCACAUUGUGCUGCAAAACUCAAUCGCGGCAUGGAUCCAAUGCUCGAUGCUAGGUUUUAUCCACAAAAAAAAAUCGCGGCUUUGC